UUUGAAAAAAUGAAUUUCAAACGUUCGAUUCUCCUUAUUUUUAUUCUACUUCUAUCUAUGACCUUCCAUGUCACUGCUGGAAACAGAAAAGUUGGAAAACUUGGAAACAGUUGGUACCCAUUCAAGAAGUAGGCGUGGUGAAACAGGAGAAAUAAUUGGGGUUGUUAAAAAAUAUUUCUCCAGCGAAUAAAGUUUGGGUUUA